AAUCUACCGACAAUAUUUUGGGAGCACACUGUUAAUUGGGUCUCGUGUUUAUAUUACACGACAGAUGUCCGUAGCGGCGUCGAAAACACCAUAUGUGUCGCGAGUUUCGCUGAUUCUUUAUCUGAUUUCAGAUUCUGCAUUGUUUCUCACUUGGAAGAACAAACGAAGUGUUUCUACUGUGAUUCUCGCACUGAAUGGAGGCCUUACAGGGAGCCGUACAGAUUAAGUCACAGAAUAGAAAAUGUCGUAUCCGAUGGUUACGAAGACAAGAACCGCAACUGGUGGCAGUCAGAAAAUGGAGUACAGAACGUCACGGUGCAACUUGACCUUGAGGCCGAAUUCCAUUUCACCCAUCUGAUAAUGACGUUCAAGUCAUUUCGACCCGCUGCGAUGAUCAUUGAGAGAUCUGCCGACUUUGGAAAAACAUGGCAGGUAUAUCGGUAUUUUGCCUACGAUUGUGCGGGAACAUUCCCCGGAAUUCCCGAAGGACCGCCAAAGAAGCAUACAGAUGUUAUUUGUACUCGAGCGUACUCCGACGUUGCUCCUUCUACUGGAGGAGAGUUGGUUUACAAAGUAAUUUCACCCCACAUCGCAACGGAGAAUCCUUAUGCUGAUGAAAUUGCUAACCUACUGAAAAUAACUAACCUUCGAUUCAAUUUUACAAAACCGGAAAUUGAUGAGAAAUAUUAUUACGCUAUUUACGAAAUUGUCGUUCGUGGAUCGUGUUCAUGCUAUGGGCACGCUUCUCGUUGUAUUCCUAUCGAGAAUAAUAAUGAUCCAGCUUUCUCUCGAGCUGAUAUUGUUCACGGUCGUUGCGAAUGUAUGCAUAACACUGAAGGUCUCAAUUGUGAAAGGUGUCGCGACUUUUAUAACGACCUACCAUGGCGUCCUGCUAUUGGUGAAGACACAAAUGAGUGCAGAAGGUGUGAAUGUAACGGGCAUGCUGCACGGUGCCAUUUCGACAGAGCAGUAUACCAAGCUAGCGGUUUCCAAUCGGGAGGUGUUUGCGACGAUUGCCAACACAACACUCAAGGGAAGAACUGUGAGCAGUGCAAACCGUUCUUCUAUCGAGAUCCUCAGCGUCCUAUAACUGAUCCAUACGUUUGUCUACCGUGCAGCUGUGACAAGGCAGGGUCCCAAGACGAUGGCAUUUGUGAAGGUGAGGAGGAUCCUGAGCGGGGUCUUGUAGCCGGCAAGUGCUACUGUAAGCCGAACGUUGAUGGUCCACGAUGCGACCGAUGCAAGAAUGGUUUUUGGAACUUGCAAGCAUCUAACCCUGAUGGAUGUACUGCUUGUUCUUGCCAUCUUCUUGGAACGUAUAACAAUGAAGGAUGCGACAAAAUGACAGGCCAUUGCACAUGUAAACGCCUUGUCACCGGAGAAAAUUGCGAUCAGUGUUUGCCUGAACACUACGGCCUGUCCGAGGACGUCGAUGGCUGUAAGGCGUGCGAUUGUGACAUUGGAGGAUCAUUGAACAAUCAGUGCGAUCUCGUUACUGGACAAUGCCUUUGCAGAGAAGGAUUCAGCGGUCGAAGGUGUGACACUGCGGAUUCGAGCUACUACUGUGCCAAUAUCGAUCACUUCACCUAUGACGCGGAACAUGCUCAGCUCACCAACGCUGAGAUAGAGGAACGAGAAGCUCCUCCACAAGAGACUGCAAUGACGUGGACCGGAUCUGGCUAUGUUAAGGCUAACGAAAGAAGCGCGAUAAGUUUCAGAGUGGGCAAUCUACAAGUCAGCCAAAAGUACCACAUCAUACUGCGUUACGAUGCCGGCAGGGAUCCCGUUGGUUGGGAAAAUGUACAAAUCACUGUUGUUCGACCAAGUGAGCCCAGUGGAGAAUGUAGAGACAGCGAUCCAUCUGACGACUUCCUAAUUGCUCGGCUCCAUCCAGGAGGUCGUUACGUAGAGGUUCAUCCUGCUGUAUGUUUGGAAGCAAAUGUAGAAUAUGAAAUUCGUGUGCAGUUUGGAGAGAAGCGCACCGGAGUUCAGGAUCGUGGAGCAUCGGUGCUGAUAGAUUCAUUAGUGCUGGCACCGCCGACAGACUCGUUACUCAUCUUCCAAGGAUCCGAUCGCGCGCUGCAACACAAGACUGAGUAUGAUCGUUAUCAGUGUCGCAAUCUCGUAUUAUCUCUUACUCCACACGAAAUGCUGAGCGAGACCUGCGAGAGAUACAUUUGCCCCGUCGCCGCUGCGGUGCUCAACCGUACUAGCUCAUGUGAUUGUGAUCCAACUGGUUCAGUUUCCGGAAUUUGUAACGUCAAGGGAGGCCAAUGUGAAUGUAAACCGAAUGUUGUUGGAAGAAGGUGUGACCAGUGUGCCGUCGGAACCUACGGCUUUGGAAGGUCGGGUUGCACGGAAUGUGCCUGUGACUCCGUUGGAUCUCUCCACAAUCGCUGCGACCAACAAAGCGGGCAGUGUGUAUGUCGCGAAAAAGGCAUUUACGGACGACAGUGUAAUCAGUGUCAGCCAGGAUUCUGGAGCUUCCCGGAUUGCAGGGUAUGUCAAUGCAACGAUCAUGCAAAUAUAUGUGAUCAACAAACCGGAGCCUGUAUAGAAUGUCGUGAUCUUACAGCUGGUCACUAUUGCGAUCGCUGCCAGGAUGGAUACUACGGAGAUCCCCGACUUGGUGUGGGUCUUCCCUGCAAGCCAUGUCCUUGUCCUGGCGGUCCAACUAGCGGUUUCCAGCACGCGGACACCUGCUAUCUACAACGAGCAAAUAAUACCCAAGACGUGGUUUGUAAUUGCCGGUCUGGCUAUACGGGAGAGCGUUGCGCUGAAUGUGCAAUGAACUAUUGGGGAAAUCCUACAGAAGUGGGCGGUUCAUGUGAAAGAUGUGAUUGUAAUGGCAACAUUGACAUGACGGUAGAAGGUAGCUGCGAUCCGGCAACUGGUGAAUGUCUGAAAUGUCUUCACAACACGGAAGGCGUGAUGUGCGAGAAUUGUAUGGAUGGAUUUUACGGUGAUGCCAAACUGAAAAGUUGUCAAAGGUGUGUAUGUAACAAUCUCGGUACCAACUCCACUACUGGUUCAUGUGAUCGAGUGACCGGGCAAGUGCCCUUGUUAUCCGAAUGUUAUUGGAAUGCAAUGGAUGUGCUGAAUGUAACUGCGACCCCAACGGUGUUGCACUCGAUGCGCAUGGAUCUCCUGAGCUGCAGUGUAAUCAGUUUGAUGGGCGAUGUCGUUGCAAAGUGGGACGAGGAGGUCGUACAUGCUCCGAAUGUGAAGAUUACUUUUGGGGUGAUCCAACAACAUCGGAGGGUUGUAAAAGAUGUGAGUGCAACCCGACGGGAUCUGCUAGCCAACAGUGUCACCGCAACAAUGGUACCUGUGUUUGCCUACCUGGAUCUGGAGGCGAUCUCUGCGACGAAUGUGCACGUGGAUAUACUGGAACAUGGCCUUUCUGCCAGCCAUGUGGGCGAAUGCUCCACCCUCAGUGGCUAUUCUAAGCAUUACAAGGUCUGA